UUAGGAAAUAAAUCUCUUGGCUUCCAUUAUUAUUUAUAUUUUAUAUGUAGUGAAUUCCAAUGCGCGCUCUAAAAUUAAUUGAUGUUAAAAUAAUUUCAACAAAUAACAUUUAACAAAAAUUCGGCCAAAUAUAACCUAAAAAUGCGUCGUCGCGCUGGUAUAGGAGCUGUGCACCAGCAAAAAUAUGAGUCAGAAAAAUAUAAAGAUAAAGGUACCGAAAUCCAAGACAACCAAUUCGAAAUAAUGACCCGUCAAUUAGAAGUAUUCCGUGAAAAUCUGGAAGAAUUUGCUAUGAAGCACAAAAAUGAAAUACGUAAGAACGCCGAAUUCCGUCGACAGUUCCAAGAAAUGUGCGCAUCAAUAGGAGUAGAUCCUCUAGCUUCAGGAAAAGGUUUCUGGUCAGUUCUAGGCGUUGGAGAUUUCUAUUACGAAUUAGCUGUUCAAGUCGUUGAAGUUUGCAUGGCAACAGCAGAAAAAAAUGGUGGAUUAAUAACCCUGGAAGAAUUAAGAUCCAAAUUAAUCGCAGCUAGAGGACAAAGUAAGAAGCAUCAAGAAAUCACAUGUGCUGAUUUAUUAGCUGCAUCUAAAAAACUGAAGGUUUUUGGCAACGGUUUCACAGUAAUUCCACUAAGUAAAGGUCGAUACUUAGUUCGGUCAGUUCCUGGUGAGUUAAGCAUGGACCACUCUGCAGCUUUAAGAGUUGCAGCAGAUAUUGGACAAGCCCACUUGUCCGUCAGUAUUUUGAAUAAAGAACUAGGAUGGGACGAACUUCGUAGUAAAAGUGUGUUAGAGUAUUUAAUUGGACAUGGUUUAGCUUGGAUAGAUUUACAAGGUGAAGAACCAUUAUAUUGGUUUCCUAGUUUAUUUGCGGCUUGUGUAGCUUCAUGA